AGUGUAAGGUUCGGCUCUCCCUAGCCCCACCCCCUCCGUCUGGCUCCCGUCACAUGAUGCUUCUAUCAUCUCCCUCCCCUUCGCAAAGUGCCUCUCUGUCUCACUCCCCCUCCCUUCCACUCACCGUUUUAACUUUAACUUCCUACUCCUCCGUGUCUGCUCCUUUAGCUCCCCCUCCACGAUGUCAUUCCAUUCUCCCUUACACAGUGAAACUCCGGUUUCGUUCCGCCUUUAGCCAUCACUCUCUGUUCCUGAAUUCUGUCACCUUCCUUUAUUCAGCUGUCUUUAACCUGCAACUGACGACGUCACUCAAUGCAGGACAAGGAAAAUGAAAAUAGCAGAUUGAAUUCAAAAGUACCUAUAUACAUUACACUAUGGCAGGGUGCUCCCCAUGUCAAUGGUUGAAGAAAACCUGGGAGUCCCGGGCUCCGAUCCUUUUCGUGAUUGCAGUGGCUAUGUUUGUGGAUUGCAUUCUGUUCACUAUUAUCGCUCCAAUCGCCCCAGCUUUACUUUAUGAAACCGAGUAUAGGAAUGGAAACACAACAUUUAAGAAUUCUUCCAGUCAUUAUCCUGUCUCCAGCUAUGAUUCCUUUUCCAAUCUUUCACACUCUGAAAGAAAUGGACCGUACCAUGACCAGAUCAGUAACAAGAGUCAUAGCAAAGAGUGCUACGAGGGGAAAGAUUAUUUAAAUGAAGAGAAUGUGCGAGUGGGUCUUCUCCUGGCAAUUAAAGCCUUUCUUCAGCUUUUGGUAAACCCCAUAGUGGGUAAACUCAUUAACAGAACUGGAUAUGAUGUCCCAAUGUUCUGUGGCUUUAUAAUUGUGUUCAUCUCCACUCUUUUGUUUGCUUUUGCCAAUUCAUAUGCCCUUCUUUGUGUGGCCAGGGGGUUGCAGGGAAUUGGCUCAUCCUUCACCAUGGUGCCAGCUAUGGGCAUGCUGGCUCAUGUGUUUCCAGAUGAUACUGAAAGAGGGAAAGCCAUGGGAUUAGCCAUGAGUGGUGUUGCCUUUGGGGUGCUUGCGGGGCCUCCCUUCGGUUCUGCCAUGUAUGAGUUUGUUGGAAAGUCUUCCCCAUUUCUGGUCAUUGCAGCCUUGGCUCUUUUAGAUGGAGCACUCCAGUUUUGUAUACUUAAGCCUACGAAGAUUUCCCCAAUGAGUGUACCUGGAACACCCUACAGAGUUCUUCUCAUGGAUCCUUACAUUGUGGUGGCUUCAGUGGGUCUCUGUAUUUGUAAUUUUUCCUUCGGCAUGCUGGAACCAACCAUACCCAUUAGAAUGAUGGAAACCAUGUGUGCACCUCCCUAUCAGCUUGGACUGGCUUUUCUCCCCUGUAUGAUUUCAUAUUUAAUUUGCCUAAAUCUUUUUGCGGGACUUUCACAAAAAAUUGGCAGGUGGCUGUGCAUUAUGCUUGGAAUGAUAGUUCUAGGAAUCAGUGUCCUGUGUAUGCCUUUAGCAGUAAAUAUUUAUGGACUUAUUGCACCACAAGCUGCGCUGGGAAUUGGCUUUGGAUUGUUUGAGACAUCAAUGUUGCCAAUCAUGGCACACCUGGUAGAUUUACGUCACACUUCAAACUAUGGGGGCAUCUACGCCAUCUCUGAUAUUGCUUUGUGUGUUGGUUAUGCACUGGGCCCAUCUUGUGGAGGAGCCAUUGCUAAGGCCAUUGGAUUCACCUGGUUAAUGGUGAUAUUAGGUAUAAUAAACCUUGCGUAUGCUCCUCUCUUCAUUCUACUGCGCAACCCUCCAGGCAAAGAGGAGACAAAGCCUGUACUAAGCCAAGAGGAGAAUGAAGAAUGAAGACCUCUUCCCACAAAUGUGCAUCAUAGACCUGAGUGACAAGAAGGUUGACAGUGGCUCUAAAAAUAACAAGGACACAGUCAUCUGGCCACCAAUACCUUAUUUAAUUAAAGCUAAAUUUAAAAGAUCACAGGUUAUUACUUAUUUAUGUGAGCACCCGUUAUGCAAUAGAGACAUACUUGCUAAAUACUUACUAAAUACAGAUUUUUUCUGGUCAGACUUUUCAUAGAAAAAAACCCUUAAAGUUUUAGAGAUUUGUUAAACCCUGAUUGUGUUAAAAGUCUGAAUAAAAAGACAGA